AUGUCAAACCAUGGCUUUCAUCUUCUGGUGAAUUUGCCUUUGGGUUCCAUCAAGUUCAAGGGAGCGAUAAUUUCUUAUUAUCCAUAUGGUAUGACAAGAUACCUGACAAGUGACAAGACGAUCAUUUGGUAUCCAAAAGAAGGUCGAAUGGUGCCUAGAGGAUCCAAAGUUGAGCUACUUCGUGAAAGUGGACUCGUACUCACUGAUCCUCAGGGUACACAAGUAUGGAGAUCUGGGUCCAUUUCCGCUGUUGCAUCAGGUUUUAUGAAUGAUACAGGUAACUUGGUAAUUUUUGGUAGCAAUUCUCGCAAGAUAUGGGAUAGUUUUGAUUAUCCGGCAGACACACUGUUGCCUAGUCAGGUUAUAGAGAGAGGUGGAGGGAUGAAUUCAAUAAUCAGUGCAACAAACUUCUCUGGUGGACGAUUCCAGUUACGUCUGCUUCAAGAUGGAAAUCUUCUUCUUAAUACUCAAAAUAUACUUUCAGGGCUACUCUCGAUUCUGAUGGGGUCCUUAGACAAUAACUACCCUCAGAAUUCUACUGGCAAUGCAAGCUGGGAAGUUGUAUUGUAUAUACCAGAUAACAUAUGUGAGGACAUCCGUGGGCUUAUAGAUAGUGGAGCUUGUGGGUUUAACAAUGUUUGCAACCUCCAAGAUGGGCGGCCAAACUAUAAAUGUCCACAGGGGUUCUCAGUUGUUAAUCCAGAUGAUCCAAAUGGUGAUUGCAAGCCAGAUUUUACUCCAAGCUGUUAUCAUGAAGGUAAGUCUGAUAAUGGAGGAGACGUACUUGGUUUCAUCGAGCUGAAUAAUACUGAUUGGGUAUUUUCAGACUAUGGAAACUUGGAUCCAAGUAGUGAACAGACCUGCAAAAGUAUCUGCUUGGAAGAUUGUUUUUGUGCUGUUGCAAUAUACAGGGACGCCAAAUGCUGGAAGAAGAGACUUCCACUCUCUAAUGAGAUUAUGGGUGCUACAGAUAACGUGAAGGCGUUCGUGAAAUACCGGAUAGCUGAUGGUCCUUUUCAAAACCCUCAUCGGCUUCCCAGAGAAAGAAAAGAUAAAAGAAGUUUGAUACUUGUGGUAUCGGUCCUUUUAGAGAUCGUUUCAUGCCGAAAGAGCUUGGCUUUUGAGAGUGAUAAUGAAGGGAUGGCGGUUUUAACUGAUCUUGCAUGGGAUUGCUAUCAAGAAGGUUGA